GUGCAGUCGACGCUUGACCAGAAGGUGGAUCGCACUAACAGACGUUUUUAUGUUUAAAUACAAGUGUUGAUCUAUACGCGAGUUUAAAAAUAAUUGUUUUGAAGAUGUCUGUAUUGAGAGCGAUCGCUAUUUUCCUAUGCGGGUUGUCAUUGCAAGUAUGCAGUGCGCAGAUGGUGUUCCCUGGAUCCUGUCCAGAUGUAGCCGUUAUGGGUGAUUUUAAUGCGAAUCGAUAUUUAGGUAAAUGGUACGAAGUUGAGAAAUACUUCGCAGUAUUCGAGUUCGGAGGCAAAUGUAUUACUGCCAAUUAUGAUCAAAAAGACAACGGUGUUAUAAGCGUCGUCAAUAAACAGAUAAGUUCUUUCACUGGCAUGAAGUCUGAGAUAGAAGGGGAAGCGAUGCAAGUGAGCCGGUCCGAUGAAGGCAAGCUCUCCGUCCGGUUCCCAUCACUACCCAUCAACAUGGCCGCACCCUACUGGGUCGUUGACACGGACUACGACAACUUUGCGCUGGUGUGGAGUUGCUACGAAUUUGGCGUAUUUCAUACGAGAAAUGCAUGGAUAUUGACCAGAGAACGAGACCCACCUGUUGAAACUCUAGAAAAGGCAUACGCAGCCGCAGAUAAGAACAAUAUCAAUCGAGCUUACUUCCUGCGAACAGACCAAAAGAAUUGCACUGACGAUGACUAAAUACAAAAAAAAAUCCAAAACAAAUUAUAUAUAUGAAUU